UCGUCACAUCGUGUUAUGGCCGACGCCCCACUGCCACUUGUUCGUGUGUAUGCGUCAGCUAGGCAUCUGUUGACUAACGAUAAACGAAUUUACGGUUGGGUGGUGUCAACUCAGCAGCAUUCACCACGUUGUUGUAGUUUUAUUUUGGUUAAUUGUCUGAGUGUUGUUUUUAACUCAACAAAUAUGUGGCCUCAGGGGCACUCGACUGUUGGAGGUUUUGUUAUAAUUUUUGCUGUGUUUUUCACACACUCCCACGGUCAGAACAGCUACAACCCUUACUACAACGCCUACAACCCCCACGGCCGGCCGGUCCCCCAAAACUACACUGCGACCUGGUGCACAGUAUCGAAAGCUGAACAGAACAAGUGCACAGCCUUCUCGCACGCAGUGGACCGGGAGAAGCAGUUCUUCGACGUCGACUACGUCUCCCUAAAAUGUCAGCAGGCCUUCAACAAAGAGGAGUGCAUGGACCUCCUCGACAAGGAGAAGGCCCACCUGACGACACUCGACGCGGGGGAGGUAUUCGUGGCGGGUAGAUAUCACAGUCUCCUCCCCAUAGCCCAGGAACUCGACGCAGCGGGUCUGAAGCACCAGUACGCAGUCGCCGUUCUGAAAAAGGACUCCCUCCAGGACGUUCACAGUCUUCGCGACCUUCGCGGGAAGAAGGCGUGCUUCGCAGGUGUGGGAACCCUGGCGGGCUGGGUGACCCCCAUCUACACUCUGAUGCGCGAAGGUGGUUUGGAGAUCGUCGACUGCAACAAUCACGUCAAAUCGACGACGAAAUUCUUCGGAGCAAGUUGCGCUGUUAAUUCUCUGAUAGAUCGUUACAAUCCUCUGGGCGAUAACUCUGAUCAGCUCUGUCGGCUCUGCGUCGGGGAAAUUCCUGGUGGCAGGUGCACCAAUGCCGAUCCUUAUGCGGGAUACGAAGGUGCUUUCAGGUGUCUCGUCGAGGCAGGUGACAUCGCCUUUUUGCUGCAUACAACUGUCGGCGAAAUGACAUCCACCAACUUUGACUUCACGUCUGUCAGUAAGGAUCAGUUUGAACUGCUCUGCAGAGAUGGAUCACGACGGCCCGUCGAUAGUUACAACGAGUGCAAUUGGGGGACGGUACCGUCACGCGCUAUCGUCGCCUCUUCGGCGAUUAAUCUGGAAAUGCGAAAGGUCUAUCAGAAGUUUUUGAAAAAAUCGGUUGAGAUCUUCAAUCGAGUGACGGCAACUGGCAAUGGGACGUCCGGAGAUGGGUACAGUCCAGCGAGGGAGGGCAGGUUCGAUGAUCGAAUGGAGUCUGAUGGUAGCAGAUUCGAUAGUGAUGGCAGAGACAGAUAUGACUUGACUUCUCCCGACAACAAUCGGUAUAGCCCGCGGGAUUCGAAUGGGUAUAAUUCAUCAACUGGUUAUGGAAACUCCAGAUUUGGUGGCAAAGGGAGUUAUAAUGACAGUGAUCCAAUGGCUGUUCAGCCGCUCGAGGUGUUCAGUCUGUUUGAGUCGGCGCCCAGGUAUGGACUUCAACAUAAUCUCAUGUUCUCGGACUCCGCGAAGGAUUUUGCACCACUUGCCGAGAGGGAUCAGAGGUACACUGAGUAUCUUGGGAGGGCGCAGAAUGCUAUUCUGGGGGUGAGGGAGUGUACAGUCAACCGGAUGACACUGUGCGUCACUUCGGAGCCGGAAAUGGAGAAGUGUGUCAAAAUGAAGAUUGCGCUGAAGGCACAGUUGCUGAAGCCGGAGCUACUUUGCUACAAAGGGUACAGCCACAUUCGGUGCAUGCAGGCCAUUCAGAAUGGCCAAGCAGACAUAGCAGUCCUUGACGCUAGUGACGUAUACACAGCAGGUCUUCGCUUCGACCUGAUACCCUUCAUCGCAGAGGUCUACAAUCUCCCAACCCCGGAGUACUACGUGGUAGCAGUAGCCAAGGAGAAUGACCCAACAACUGAUCUGACAUAUCUGAAGAACAAGUACACCUGCCACACAGGCAUCAAUACAGCAGCUGGAUGGGUGUAUCCUCUAGCCUAUCUUCUCUCCAACGGCUGGAUCCGCGGUUAUGGCUGUGACGCAGUGCGUGCAGCAGCCGAGUACUUCACCAAAUCGUGUAUUCCAGGUGCACAGAGUCUAGAAUACAACGUCGGUGUUCCCUACGACAACAUGUGCGAUCUGUGUCAUGGAGUGAGUUACAGAUACUGUCGUCGAGACGCCACCGAGGAUUACUACGGCUACACUGGUGCUCUCAGGUGUCUUGUCGAAGGUGGUGGUGAUGUUGCUUUCAUCAAGCACACAACUGUAUCGGAAACCACUGAUGGAAAACGAAAGGAAACUUGGGCCAGAAACGCAUUCACCAAAGACUUUGAGUUACUCUGUCCUGAUGGCACACGCAAACCAACGACUGACUAUGAACAUUGCAAUUUGGGAAUUGUCAAGGCCAAUGCCAUUGUCACACGUGGAGGCUACUACGGGUAUAAUGACACCCAGAUCACUGCCUUCACCAAUCUUUUUAUUUAUGCGCAGCAGUUUUAUGGGAGAAAGGAGGGCGAUGAAUUCAGCUUCUCCAUGUUCUAUAGCACUCCACCUUACAGUGACCUCAUAUUCCAGGAUGCUACGCAACAACUUGUUAUCAUACCACCGGAUUAUAGAGAGUUCAGUAAGUGGCUGGGGCGGGACUUCAUGAGGGCUCGAAGAAUUGUCGACUGCAGUGCUGGAGCUGCCACCGUCACGUACUCAUUAUUCGCAUCGUUGACUACGGUCUUUUUGGCCGUUUCGUUGGCCAGAUAAAAAGAUAAUUUGGAGUUUUGUAUUUUAUAAGUUAUUUUAAUUUGUGAGAAAGGCAUUUUAUGAAAAUGUUGUUGAUGGAAAGUUGAGGAGGGAUAUUGUGGGAGGGGCAGCGAUGAUGGAAGGGCUUUAGGUAGAUUUAGACCAAUUUAAUACGUCAUUUUUUUUUAUUGUAGCUAUAAACAUGGUACAAAUCUAAUCAUUUCGAGAGGUAAUUCGAUCUGUAAGAUAUUCCGUCCACACAUUUAGCUAUUAGAAUACUGAGAAAAUGGUAUAUUUAUGAUGUACUCCGUCCAUAAGAUUUUUAAAUACAUUUUUGAAAUUUUUACUAAA